CUAUAAUCUCCUAAUAUCCUCAUUGAUAUCCCUCGUAAAAGUCAACUACAUCUAUCUCACCAACCCCCAUUUCACAAGAAUACACAUACAACAACAAGCAUUGCACAGCCGGAACCUCCCAACCUACCGACCCCCUCAUCCACCUCUCCUCCUCCCCCUCCCCGCCUCCCGCGGGACCCAAACCCCCGGUGGAGCUCUCCGAAAAAAAGUCCAUGGCCUCAACUUUCACACGCACAUUACUCCGACCUUUCAUCUCAACCAACUUCGCAUCUCUAUCCCUAACCGCCACCACCACCACCGCAUCAGCAACAGCAACAACAACACGCACCAUCAUGUCCUCCACCUCCGCAUCCACCCCGCAAACCGCCACCGUCGCCGCCGGCUGCUUCUGGGGCGUCGAACACCUCUUCCGCAAACACUUCGGCAACGGCAAGGGCCUCCUCUCGGCCAAAGUGGGUUACUCCGGUGGUCAUAGUGCCUCGCCUUCGUACCGGGCUGUUUGUACGGGGGAGACUGGUCACGCCGAAGCCCUUCAAAUGACCUACGACCCCAGCAUCGUGAGCUACCGGUCUCUGCUUGAGUUCUUCUACCGGAUGCAUGACGCCACGACGCUGAACCGGCAGGGACCGGACGUCGGCACGCAAUACCGCAGUGUGAUCUUCACGCAUGGGGACGAGCAGGAGAAGAUCGCCAAGGAGGUUACGGAGAAGGUUGGCAAGGAGUGGUUCAAGCAGCCGGUUUCGACGGUUGUGGUGCCGGCGGGCCAGUGGUGGGAUGCUGAGGAAUAUCAUCAGUUGUAUUUGAAUAAGAAUCCCGAGGGGUAUGAGUGUCCGGCUCACUUUGUGAGGUCGUUUCCUCCGCUUUCGGAGUAGGGUGAUGUUAUAGUUGUGAGUGGGUGAUGGGUGAUGGGGUUGGGAGAUUGGUGUGGAUGUAUAGUGUAUAGUUGAAUAGCAUUUUUUUUGUUGCUUGUUUACUUCUAUGCUGGUUUUAUGGUUUACGACAAUUUUCACUCAUAUCUAUUACUUUG